GAUGGCGCGUCUAGCGCCAGCAGACUUUCUGGUGACAUUUAGUCACCAGUGUUGUAUAUAAUAGACGAUGAUUUGGUAUAAUAAAGCAUUGUUGUUAUUUUUGCCAACAGGCUUGUGUUAUUAUUAUUUGAUGUUCUUUCUGGUGUCAGGAUGGAUUUAACGAACAUUCGUAGACAGAUCCAGAUUGUUUAUGCGAGGGUUGCUUCAAGAACAGUAACGGCCUCUGAUGGUACAUCGGUCAUGGAAUUAGCCAACAAAAUGGUUGAUUUGGAAAAAGCUGGCGAAUUAAAAACUGAUGAAGAUAUUAAAAAAUCGUCCAAGUGUCAUGCUAUGGUGGGCGAGAUUUUGGAUUUUCUGGAUCGUGAACGUAAUCGAAGUGCGAUCAAAUUAGAGAAGCUACAGCUUCGGUUCUCUGGGCGUCCGUCGGAUUGGCCAAAAUUCAAGGCUUUGUUACUGAAAACAUUAUCAUCAUGCCCAUGGUCUGUCGAAGAAAAACAUCUAUUGUUGGAAAAUGCUUUACCUGGCUAUCUAAAACGGUAUUUACCGACUUCGCUGACUGAUGAAAGUUUUGACUGGGUAAUAAAUCAUUUGUCGGAUAAAUUUGGUACAAUGGACAUGCAGAUCAGCGAAUGGUUUAGAAAUUUAUCGAAUGUCAAAUUCUCGCCAUUUGCAUCGGUUUCGGAGAUAGCAUUGAGAUUGGAUCGAUUGAUAUUUCAAGCGAAAGAGUUGGGUGUUUCCCAGGAUCAACUGAGAUUACCGUUUAUUGAAGCAAUGAAGUCAGUGAUCAGUUCACAUAAACGAUUGGAAACUGCCAUUUUACCAGUGAUUAAUAAGCCUCCGUCAGAAAUUAUUGAAAUUCUCAAACAAUUAGCGGAUGGUGAGUUAAUUUUGGGAUCGAGAAAACAAUCAUCAAGUAUCAACAGUUUUGGGUGGCAACGACGUGAUAGCUUUAGGAGAGAAUCUGCUUGUAUAUUUUGCAACAAGGAUGGUCAUUUAUCGUUUAAAUGUAAUAUUGGUUCAGCUGAAAGUCGAAGAAAUGUGGCUGUUAACAAAAGAAUUUGCUUUCGUUGCCUGAAACCUGGUCAUGUUGGUGUUAAAUGUACAUCGAAAAUAAAGUGUAACAAGUGCAAUGGCAGUCAUUCAUCGGCUUUGUGUUUAAAGAAACCAACUUUGCACAACAUGGAAUUGGACGACGAGGAAAGGUCAUCUUCUAAUCAACAACAAGAAGCAGCUAUUAAAAUGGUGUCAAAAGAAUGGUUGGUUCCGUGCUCUAAUGUGAUAAAAUUGGGCAAUGAUUCUUCGUUCAAAAGUCUCGGGAGGGCUAAAUUGUCAUUGACUAUUGGAAAUGCGGUUAAAUCGGUGGACAUGAUAGUGGUUAAUCAACUGGCGCACGAUGUUAUGAUUGGUUUGGAUGUGAUCAAAGAAUUCGGUCUCGAACAGCGAAAAGACUUGAAUGUCUAUUUGGAUGGAAUUUGUAUUACAGAAAAUCGUGCUGAUCGGAAUUUAACAAAGCAGGUGUCGAUAAAUAUGAUGUCUGGAUCGCCGUGUGAUGGUGGAAAUGAUAAUGUUUUGGCCGACACAUUGAGUAGAAUCCAAUUGAAUUUAUUGUCCGAUACGGUUGAGGAAACUAUGGAUGAUACUAUUAAAAAAGAUCCUGGUAAUUUUCAAAAGAUUGACGGUCGUUGGUUUCGAGUGGAGGACCAGAAAAAACGUUUGUAUAUCAGGGACCAAGUGGAGCAGAUGGAAAUAUUGAAAUCGAUUCACGAAUAUGGCCACUUCGGUUUGUUUCGAAACCAAGAGGAACUACGCAAGCGUUUUUGGUGGCCAAAAUGGAAGGACGAUUUGAAACAAUUUUUAAAAAAGUGUGUGCGUUGUGCGGCUUACAAAGAUGAUAUUGAACGUACACGGUUGCCUAUGAUUUGUGGUGAAUCGGAAAUGGAUAAUUGGCAUAGGAUCGGACUGGACAUUUGUGGUCCUUUUGAAAAGUCGUUAGAUGGUAAUCGGUAUAUGGUUUUAGCUCAGGAUUAUGCUUCAAGGUUUCUGGUAGGUACAUCUAUGUCGGAUGUGAAAGCAGAGGUGGAUAGAAUCGAUGGACCAAAUUGUAUUAUUCUGGAUAGUCGAAAUAACAAAAGAUCAAUCCAUCGCAAUCAUAUCAAAAAAUGUGAAUCGGGUAUAAAUCUUCCUUUGGAUGUUAUUAGAGACAGAGGUCGGCCAGCUCUUAGAGCUGAGCCUGGGGGGAGGUGUGAUGGCGCGUCUAGCGCCAGCAGACUUUCUGGUGACAUUUAGUCACCAGUGUUGUAUAUAAUAGACGAUGAUUUGGUAUAAUAAAGCAUUGUUGUUAUUUUUGCCAACAGGCUUGUGUUAUUAUUAUUUGAUGUU